UGAAACGUUACCGACACCCCAACCUUCACGCUUCUGAAAAUUUCCUUUUCAAUCCGCUGUGUAUCCAAUGGUCGUUGAACGUUUGAGAUUGGUCACAGGAGUAAAUGCUCCUUUAUUGCAGAUGAGAAUUAUAGAUAUAACUACUGCAAAGUAUUUAUUUCCUUUCCAUUUUUCCCACACCCACACAAUGUCAUUUCACAAAUCUCAAGGCAGGCAGCAAGGCGGAGAUGUUUUAGUGGAUGCUUGAUCUCUUUCGCUUGUGGGUUUCAUUUGAGGUGUUUUUCUGUGCACAGGAAGUGAACCCGGGAGGUCUUUUGCUUUUUUCUUUUUCUUGUUUUGUUUGGGGACGGAGUGGUUGGAGAUUUGGGGUGGUCUGGGACUGGGUUUGAGAUGGGUUUUUUUAGUACUAUUCUGGGUUUUUGGGGUUUUGGAGUGGGAACUUCAAUUGGGCUUGUGAUUGGGUACUACAUGUUCAUCUACUUCCAGCCAACUGACGUCAAGGAUCCUAUAGUUCGCCCUUUGGUUGAGCAAGAUACCAAAACUUUGCAACGUUUGCUUCCAGAGAUACCCUGGGUUAAAAAUCCUGAUCAUGAUCGCCUUGACUGGCUUAACAAAUUUAUUGAAAUUAUGUGGCCCUAUCUGGACAAGGCAAUAUGCAAGACUGCAAGGAGUAUAGCAAAGCCCAUUAUUGCUGAGAAAAUUCCACAAUACAAAAUUGAGUCCGUUGAAUUUGAAGCACUGACCUUGGGCUCCUUACCACCAACUUUUCCAGGAAUGAAAGUUUAUGUCACUGACGAUAAGGAGUUGAUAAUGGAACCAUCAGUGAAGUGGGCAGGGAAUCCUAACAUCACUAUUGCAGUUAAGGCUUUUGGGUUGAGAGCCACAGUACAGGUUGUUGAUCUGCAAGUGUUUGCUGCUCCACGUAUCACCCUGAAGCCUUUGGUUCCAACCUUUCCAUGUUUUUCUAAAAUUUACGUCUCUCUCAUGGAGAAGCCUCAUGUUGACUUCGGACUAAAACUGCUUGGAGCAGAUGCUAUGUCCAUUCCUGGACUUUAUAGGUUUGUCCAGGAGCUUAUUAAAGAUCAGGUUGCAAACAUGUAUCUAUGGCCGAAAGCCCUGGAAGUACCAAUAUUGGAUCCAUCAAAAGCCAUGAAAAAACCUGUCGGGCUUCUCCAUAUGAAGGUUGUGAGGGCAAUGAAGCUUAAGAAGAAAGAUCUACUCGGGGCAUCAGAUCCUUAUGUGAAACUUAAGCUCACUGAGGACAAGCUUCCUUCAAAGAAAACAACUGUCAAACACAGGAACUUGAAUCCUGAAUGGAAUGAGGAAUUUAAUAUGGUUGUUAAGGAUCCAGAAUCUCAAGCCCUAGAGAUAAUUGUUUAUGAUUGGGAACAGGUUGGCAAGCAUGACAAGAUGGGUAUGAAUGUUGUUCCUUUGAAAGAGCUUAAACCUGAUGAGCCUAAAGUUAUAACUCUUGAACUACUAAAAAACAUGGACCCAAAUGAUGUUCAAAAUGAAAAGUCACGUGGGCAACUUGUUGUGGAAGUGCUUUUCAAACCUUUCAAGGACGAACAAAUUCCUGAUGAAAUGGAAGAUCAGAAUGACGUACAAAAGGCUCCAGAAGGAACACCUUCUGGUGGUGGUUUGCUUGUAAUUAUUGUCCAUGAAGCCCAAGAUGUGGAAGGAAAGCACCAUACAAAUCCAUAUGUCCGGUUGCUUUUCAAAGGGGAAGAGAAAAGAACUAAGCAUCUGAAGAAAAACCGAGAUCCAAGAUGGGACGAGGAGUUCCAGUUUAUGCUUGAGGAACCACCCACCAAGGAUAGGCUUCAUGUGGAAGUACUUAGUGCCUCCUCAAGGAUGGGCCUGCUGCAUCCGAAGGAAACUCUGGGCUAUGUGGAUAUAAAUCUGGCUGAUGUUGUCAACAACAAAAGAAUUAACGAGAAGUAUCAUCUCAUCGACUCAAAGAAUGGGCGUAUCCAAAUUGAGCUGCAGUGGAGAACCUCAUCUUGACACUAUGCUUUCAUGACCUGUGUAGCAAUUCCACAGGGAAUAUAUGCUUCAGAAGUAUUCGUUCUUCGAUUCACAGUAGGAUUUGAUGUAUGCUUCAAAAACUUAUUUCUGUAAAGAAACCGAAGAAGAAAAACAAUCUACUCCAGCUUGAAGUUUGCUUUUA